AUGGUGCGCUUUGUUACCGACUCACGCAUCGCUCCCACAGGACAAGCCCCACUCAGAGUGAUAGGGGCCGGCUUACCUCGAACCGCAACAUCAUCACUCCAAGCUGCUUUCGAAGAACUUGGUUUCAACCCCUGUCUACACAUGGCGCAAAUCAUCCCUCACCCGAGUCGCAUGCAGCUGUUACUUGACACAGCCCGAGAGGAAGAUACCCAGCGGCGACAAAAGUCCAUCCACCAGCUCGUUGACGGCUACUCUGCCGUGUGUGAUAUGCCCUCGAUCUUCUUUCUCGAAGAUCUAAUGGAUAUGUACCCCGACGCCAAAGUUGUUUUGGGGUGUAGGCCAUAUUCCGAGACUUGGGCCAAGAGCUGCUAUGAGAGCUUGGGCUUCUUCUUUACCCGCAAGUUUUACCUGAUCGGAUUCCUCUGGACGUCGGAUCGAUUAUGGUAUCGUCUCAACAUGUACAUCGUGGAAUGGUGUAGGAAGAAGUUUGGACAGGACGAUAUCUUUCAGCCAGAUAUGUAUGAGCUAUAUAAUGAGUCUGUUAGAAAGGCGGCCAAGGAACGAGGACGUGAGAUUUUGGAGUUUAAGGCUGAGGAUGGUUGGAAACCACUAUGUGAGUUUCUUGGAAAGGAUGUUCCAGCCUCGGAAUUUCCACGGGUGAAUGAGAAGAAGACCUUUGCCCUGAUCAAGGCUAUCAUGGUUACCAAAGGGUUGCUUACAUGGGCGGCACUUGGUGGGGCAGCUUGGCUUGGGUGGAGUUAUUUCCCCGCAAGUGUAUCGAUGGGCAUUUUCAGGAAGUGA